CUAAUUUCUCAAAGAACUAUUAGCCGUAAUCUUCGCAAAGCUAACCUGGUCUUACGGGUUGCUCACAUAAAGCCUUUUAUUAGUGAUAAUACUAAAAAAGAGUAUAAAGAUUGGGCAGAAAAGCCAGGCGAAGAAUUUAAUGACGAUUGCCUUGUUUUAGCAAUCAAGUCUAAAGGGAUUAUGAUGUGGGAAUGUUUUUCUUGGUGGGGUCUUGACCAAUUUCCCAACAAUAAUGGGAUAUUCCAACAUGACGACCUUAAUCCUAUUGAGAAUCUUUGGUCCGAGAGGAUGGUUAAGGAAGAAUGUGAGGCAUUAGCUCCGAGUUAUUAUAGACAUCUUGUUGAAAGUAAGGUAGACUGUGUUCAAGUGGUAUAUGAUAAUGAUG